CAACCCCAGUGGUAUUUGAACUCAGAACAUAAAGACGGACGAAAUGACGCUGAUAAUUUUACUCUGCAUGCAUACAAUUCUGCCAGUUCGCCGCCUUAUAUAUGCCGGAAUAUUAAUAUGAGAUUACACUUGAAAGAGAUCAGCCGUUUCAACAAAGCAGUCGUCGUCAUAUCAUAACAACUUACAAUGAUUUCUCCCUCGUAAAAUGGCUUCAUAAACACGUGUCGCCGGUUAAUGACAAACAAAAAUAUGGCUUUGGCUGCCGUACAUCAUAUUCCACCCAAUUUUUUACAAGAAAUUCUUGAAUUAAGAACAAAAAUUCCAGAGCCUGAUUUGCAAGAACAUCCAGUUUUAUUUGUUCAUUUAUCAGAAUUAUUCACUUGCACAAAUGAUAAAGAAUUAUUGCAAGUCCCCAAAAAAAUUAUUGGACUAUUAAAGGCUCAACAUGACAUACAGUCAGAACAUAUUCAGAUUGCUGUUGAUGUUAUGGUAGCUAUCUACAUUCGUUAUCCAACUCGACAUCCUUUGAAAAAUGUUUUUAAAAGUCUGUUCCAAAGUUUCCCACCUGCCAGCCAGAGUUGUAUCGCUACCCAAAUUGAGCAAGAAAUAAGCCAUCUAAUUAGUAAUUUCUGGAACAUGUCUCAUCACCAACACGACCACUUAAGAGCUUUGAUUGAAGCAAUAUUGAACUUACUAGAAAAUUUCACCUUGGGAGAAGAAAGUUUGAGAAAACAAUGCAUGCCAGUGAUAAAAUUUUUAUCUCAGUGUCUCCAGGAAUUCCUCACUGUUCUCAGCCUCACCAACAUCCCACCUGUACAAUGCAAUGAAAUCAUGCAUCACUGUCUGUCGACAUCGAAAGCAGUGAAUAAAGUUUUACAGAAAUUCUCUGCAGCUUAUACCAAUGCAAUAUCUUCCAACACUGAUGAAAUGGACACAAUUUCAGCACAGCUGGCAUCAACAGCUUUAAUUCUCAUCCAAGAAGAGAAGAUGUUAAUUGAAUGCCGAACUAAUGGUGCCAUGACGUUGGUACUACUUCUGCAGUUAUGGGAUCACAACAACAGUGGAUUAUUACUUUCUUCAUUGCUUGAUCAUAAACAUACACCGUGUCAGUUGUCAACAUUUCCUCAUUGGUUUCAAAAUGCAGAACUAUCAAAUCCAACACUUUCAGAGUUAUCAGCUUCUUCUUCAUUGUCAGUAAUAUUUGCCAUGCUAGCAGUAAUUCCUCUGGAAAAACUAACUCAACCUUACCUUAAAGAAAACAACCAUUUACCUGAAGACUGCACUAUAUUCAAUAUCGUUCUAAGACAACUGUUUGUCAAUAUAUCCAGGAGUGAAAAUGUUGGUACCAAACUUUUGGGCUGUAGGUCCCUGAUUUUGUGGACAUCUAAAAUGGGUAUAGCCCUGAAAGAAGGGAGAAUUGAGCAGAUUCACAUAGUUUCUCUUUUGGCCAAGCAUGGUAUGUUUUCUCGCAUCAUGGACUUCAUAUGGACGGCUUGGGAGGAUCACUCUGAUGCUAUACGAUUGACUGCCAGGAACAUAUUCCAGAACAUGGUUAUUAUAUAUCAACAUGCUACUAUUGCCCAUGAGCCUGGAAGCAAUAUGGAGUUUGUGUCUGAGUUAACUGUCAGGCUGCUCCAAGAUAUCAGCUGGAGCAGUAAAGGAAAAUAUGGUGCUUUGUGCUGCCUAGUUAACCAGUUUGGUUCUAAAGCUAUAUUACAAUUGGAACCUAAUAUAACUGAUUCCAUCUUGCAACAAAUGAAAGAACAUCAAUUGGCAUCGUAUGCAAGUGAACUCUAUGAGAAACUUUUACAGAAACACCAGCAGGAACUCUGGGUUAAUAAGUGUAAAGAAUGUGGUUCCACUAUGAAGAGUGUGAAGGACGGGAAGAAUACAUCUGGUGAAUUGUGCUGCAGUCAGAGACAGGCUUGGUGCCACCAAUGGAUUCAACCUGUUGUUCAUCUUCUUUGUACAGAAUCAAUUGAAUCUAAGCUAAAUAUCCAUAUUACAGAAUAUUUAUUACCAAAGUUAUUGAAAAGCAGCAGGCAUGUCUUGGAGUUUAUGGUACAAGCAAUAUGGCCAACAAGGCAGCAUGUUCAAGAUAACACAUUUAAACAGUUUACAAAUCUUGGAGCUUUGCUGACGUGCUUACGGAGAGCCAAAUCUAUUGGAGUUUUAUAUCAGCUUCCUAAAUCAACUGAUGUCAGAGACAACGAAAACUGGAAUGGAGUUGUUCCAUUUUCUGUUUUGAAUAUUGCUCUUAAUCAUUUAAAUAAUCAGAUUCGUCUAGAUGCCUAUGCACUGUUGUGUGAGAACAUCAAAAUGACUGAACCUUUAACUCAAAAAGAGCUUUCUCUGUUGUUCAGUUUUAUAAGACACAACAUCAAUAACCAAAUCCCUGCUUUUCGCCAAGAACUGAUUUCACAUUCCAAGAAGUUGUUUGUCCGCAUGAAGGAAAGCAGCAGAGUUCUUAAGAAAGAACAAAUUAAAGCCAAUGACUCAAAGACUUAUGAAACCCAACAUGGCCACUGCAGUUAUUCAGAUUAUGUGAUAUUUUUGUCUGAUUUGAUGGCUAUGCUUUUGGAUAAGAUCUUUCCAUCAACUCCCUUCACUUGUCGAACCACUGCUCUUAGCAUCAUCGCACUCAUUGUGGAUAUUUUCAAACCAGAAGCUCUUGACAAUAACAAGACCGGUAGUAUGUUUCCGCUGUCCACAGUAACAGAGUCAAGACAAUUGACUUUGUUACAGUGUCUCACUGAUACUUUUGAAGAGAAUAAAACCACCGCUUUCAAAAUAUUCAUAGCUUUGCCGAAACCAUUUUUUCUGAAGAAUAUCUCAUAUCAGAAAGAACUGCUUUCCAUAGCCAUGACUCUUUGUACCAGCACUAAACCUCAGGAUUGUUCAACUGCAGCCUACCUCUUGCAUCUUCUGCUCUGCCAAGAGAGCAUAGGUCCAGUACUUGAUGAUUAUCAACUCCAGUUGUUAACUACGAUGUCAGCUGAAAUGGAUCAGCUGGAACAAGUGAUCUUUAACAAUAAAUUUAAAACGAAAAACUAUCUCCGUAUUGUUUGGUUACUUAUUGUAUUACUUAAGGACCAAAUACAAGUUGCCCAUGAUUCUUUAGUGCAUGCAGCUGCUAGCCGCCCUUUGUAUCCCACAAUUCAUUGCAUACGUUACAUCCUUACCAGUUUGGAUCAAAGUCAAAUGGAAGAUGCUACCGAAUGUUGGAGAAAUAUCUUCGAUAUAAUUGUUAAUGUUUGUCUUGAGGUGUCUACUAUAGUAUCUCCAGUUGUACAUAACUCUUCACCGGAAGGGAACAUUCCAGAAGAUGCUAUAAUGGGUCCUGGGUUAAAUGUUGGCGCUCUUGUUGGGUGUCAAGGAGACCAAGAGGCCCUUCAGAAUGCAAUUUCUCAGAGCAAUGAAUUAGUUACGCUGAUGCCAGAGUAUUUGGUUGUGUGUUGUUGGAGGAGUAUCAAAGAAGUGUCAUUGUUAUUGGGACAAAUUUGUCAAGAUAUUUCAGUAGGAGAUGGAGACGUUAAUCUCAAUGAUAAACCAGAUCUAAUCACAGUGAAUCAGGUAAUAUCCAUUGGGGAUUAUUUCACAACACAACUGUUAGAAUCAAAACACAGAGGAGCAUUUGAACUUGCAUAUGCCGGCUUUGUAAAAAUGUGUGACAUGUUAUGGAGAAGUUCCAUUCCAUCUGUUCAUACAUUGCCCUGUCAGUGGUUAGAUAAUAUUAUGGAUGCUAUCAGUUGCCAAAAUUCUUCCUCCAAGUUUUGUGCCACUAGAAGAAGUGCAGGAAUCCCAUUUUAUAUACAGGCCAUUGUUUCCACAGAACCAAUCAGCACAGGGAAUGUGAAUUUCAAGCAGACUAUGGUUAAGUUGCUUGAUUUAGCCACAGAUGAAAGCACUACUGACUCUAAAUCAACAGAGAGCAAGGUGCAUGCCCUCAAUAUUCUCCGCUCUUUGUACCGAGAUACUCGCCUUGGAGAAAGUGUUGCGCCAUAUGUUGCUGAUGGUCUCAAGGCAGCUAUAUUAGGAUUUUCAUCACAUCUCUGGGCUAUAACAAAUUCUGCCACACUUUUACUGAGUUCCCUCAUGACUAGAAUUUUUGGUGUUAAUCGUACGAAGCUUGAUAAAAAUCUACCACGUAAAAAUUGUCAAACUGGACGCACAUUCUUCACUCAUUAUCCAAGUCUGUAUCAAUUUCUGUUGGAACAAAUUGAUAAAGCAAGCCCUCAGCUUCAAGAAGAAAAGAGUUCUGUAUCAAUAAAUCCUACACUAUACCCAGUUCUUCUUGUUCUUGGACGUCUUUAUCCUUCAACUUUAGAUGGAAUACACAUGGGACUAAAUUUAAAUGCUUUCAUUCCAUAUAUAAUCCGGUGUUCUGCCAGUCCUAUAAUGAAAACCAGAGAGAUGGCUGCUAGAGCCUUAAAACCUUUGGUAUCAAAAGAUCAGUUGGCACUAACUAUAAAUAAACUUCUCUCACAUAUUCCCCCUGAAAAAACCAGUGAAAUUUCUCAGAAUUUCUUACAUGGACUCUUGCUUCAAAUACAGCAAUUGGUUCUUCUCCUUCCAACUCUGCUACAAUGCCACCAAGAAUCUGCUAUUCAGGAUGUAAUGGAAACUUUCCAUAAAAGAUUGUGGAUUCUUUCAGAGCCCUCAAUUUGUUUGAUCAUCCGACAAGUUGCUCUUGACAUCACCAUGUCAUUUGUCUCAGACGAUUUCUCCUGUCAAAAAUCUUCUUCAUCCCAGUCACUCCUUGUUUCUGCUCUCAUGGACCUUUGUGAUAUAGAAUAUGAAAAACUAAGCUUUCUUUCCCCUCUCUGGUUUCCUGGUCAGGCUCAAUAUUUAGUGACAGUAUGUAAAAUCCAACUCUGGAAACUGAAACAGACUCAAAGACAAUGUGAAGACUUUCCAGCUUUGCGCCAAAUUCUCAUAGAUUACUUGAAUUCUUCUCUCUAUGAAAUUCGCUUGGAAGUUCUUCAUUGGAUAAAGACGGAAUGUGCAUUCAGGAAUCAAUUGGAAAAUAACAGUGAAUCAUUUCAGCAUUUGCUGGACUUUGUCUGCCAGUCUACCGAGCUUGUAGACUCCUUGUUGGCUUUUAUUUAUUCAGAAGAUCACCCACAGUGUCUGGCAGAAGUGUUGCGGCUCUUUACUUGUCCACCAAUAGCAAGCCACAUAGCCCAGAUGGAUAUAUUGAAAGCUUCUAAGCUAUCAUAUCACAUAGUAGAUCUACUUGAGCAGUACCAAGGGCAAGAAAUCCAAGAAUGUGCCGUCACGUUUUCUGCUGAACUUUUUCCAAGAGUCUACUAUGAGUUAUCAGAAGAAACAUCUUUAUUGGAGCGUUGGUGUGCAGUAUUAACACUAUGCAGUGCUACAGAACAAAGUGCAAGUCUUCAACUAGCAUGUACCCGGUUUCUGCAUAAAAAUGCAAUUUUACUUCUCAAGGACCCUGAUAAAGUAUUAGGUAAACUGAAAUAUACAUUUUGGGGAAUCUUAGUAAAUCUGCUGCAGGAAGAUGACAUGCAAGUGAAAGAGUCUGCAGUUAUAGUUUUGAACAGACUCAACCCAUCUAACAUUGUUUCUGAACAUCCAGCUUUAACCAUUCCAAGUCUUCUCGAACAUCUACUUCUUCAGCAAGACAACAGCAGUGAUGUCUCACCCAUACUCACUGCUAUAUCCUGGAUACGAAAUAUUACCCAAUCAAAUAAUGAUACAGAAGAUAGGCUUUUUGACCGUGGUGAAAUGAACACAUAUCGCGAUGAAAUGAACUUUGUACAAACUGUGGCCUCUUAUCUAGAUUGUGUCAUCAAUGACUCAUUCAUCUCUAAUUGCCAAUUACUUCCUGAUGAGACUCCACUGAAAAAUACAAGCUGCUACAGCCAACCAUUACCAAAUCUACCAUGCAUAAAACCAGAAGACAUUAAAGAAUCUUCUGUUGAGCGUAUCAAAGAAGAAUUCAGUUUGACCUCACGGUUACUCAUUAGCCGCCUUUCACAGAUGAAAAGCCAAACAACAAUGGGGUCUCUCUUCGACAUAAUUUCUCACCAGACAGAUUGUUUAGAUACCUACAAACUGUUACUAUCUUUGUUUUAUCUUCAGAAAAUGUUACUACCCAAAGAUUACCAGCAAUUCUUUCAAGAAUGUGAUACCAUUUCCAAGCAGAUUAAUAUCAUCUUUGGUUCAUCUGUAAAUAUAAGAGAUACACUGCAAUGUAAGUGCUACACAUUAGCCAGUCAAAUAUCCCAAUAUUACACAAAGACAUGAAUAUGGCCAUAGACUCACUCUUUGCAACGAUAUGUAUUUGUGUGUGUGUAUAUAUAUAAGUAUAAAUAUAUAUAUAAUAUAUUUAUAUAAUAUAUAUAUAUAUAUAUAUAAAGAAGCUUGCGAAACUUAAAGUUGCAUAGAGAUGAAUCAACCUGCUUUAAAUAAUAAUAAUAAGUAUAUAUAUUAUUAUCUCUGUUCAAUGCUGUUCUCCUGUAAUCCGCUGUUGUCUGCUCAUUUUUGCAUUAAUGAGCUGCUGGCUACAAUGUGUUUCUUUUCUCAAGUAUUUCUCAAACUUGUCUGUGUGAGUGUGACAUCACAUCAAUUAAUAAAAGAAAUUUGAACGACU